AUGCCUGCUCUCCGGCUUUGUAAGAGGUGCUGCUCCAAGUGUGGUCUGACACCCUCGGGGGCUGGGGAGGACUGUGCCCUAUGUAGUCGAAGCCGCCCGUCGAUCUCCCAUCACCUUGGGGCUCUGUCACGAUUGGAUUCUUACACCACCGAGGAGUCCCUUUACAGCACAGGCGCCUAUUUUAUUUUAUUGUUAAAUUCCAUGAUGAACUUUGUGGACUCAAGGGGACCAUACCUGGAGAAGAAGAAAAAGUAUCUGUCCCCACUGCUUCCUAAACGCUGCUGCGGCAUCUACUUAGGUCUGGGGGUCCCCCGGAGUCCUGGAGCCAAAGGUGCCUGCCCAGAGCGGAGAUAUGAGCAGCUACAAGUGGGAGAUGGCACUGCCUACAAGUGGGACCAGGACAAGAAGGCUUGGUUCCCCGAGAUUACGGGAGAUUUCCUUGCCAAUUAUCAGGCUAAUUAUGGGUUCCUUGUGGAUAGCUCCUCUUCUUCCAGUGGGCAAAAAGAGAAACAGGCAGUUGUGGAUGUCAAAGCUUCCCAAAAACCUACAGAUCAAAACGCUGAAAAGAAACGGAGUGAAAAAAGAAAGCCUGAACCGAGAUGGUUUCAUGUCGAGGAAGACAAAAACACACAUAUGUAUGUGACUGGCUUACCUCCAGACAUUACCAAGGAUGAAUGUGUACAACUCCUGUCCAUAGACCCACAGACAGAAGACUAUAAAAUCAAGCUUUAUAAGGCUAAACAAGGAAAUCUUAAAGGAGAUGGACUUUGCUGUUAUUUGAAGAGGAAAUCUGUGGAUUUAGUAUCAAGACUUCUGGAUGAUGACGAAAUCAGAAGCUACAAGUUGCAUGUGAAAAUGGCAAAGUUUGAGCUAAAGGGAGAAUAUGAUACCAACAAAAAGAAGAAGUGCAAAGACUGCAGAAAAAAGAUGUCUCAGCAACAUAAACAGCUAGAUUGGCGGCUUGAGAAGAAAGCCAAUAAUAAUAGUAAUAGAAAGUGGCAUGAGUGGGUGGUUAUCAUCAAGAAUAUGUUCCACCCAGGGCAGCUAGGUGGCGCAGAUUUGGAGGCUGAUCCAUUGGUACUAAAUGAGAUCCUGGAAGACCUCCGAACAGAGUGUGAAAAGUUUGCGCGAGUGAAGAAGGUCCUUCUCUUUGACCGACACCCAUAUGGGGUGGCCUCUGUGUCCUAUAAGGAACCAGAAGAAGCUGACCUAUGUAUACAAGCCCUCAAUGGGAGGUGGUUUGGCAGUUGUCAAUUAACAGGUUUUCAGGUGGAGGAGACAGCAAGAGAAAGGCAAGAAAGACUGAAAGGCUGGGAGUCUUUUUUAGAGCGUCAUAACAAACAGAAAGAAAUGGAUUCCUCCGAUCUAAAUUCGGCUGCUGGAAGUGUGGGCCUGCUCCCCACUCCCCAGUUGGACAUAGCUCUUCGAUGUGGCAAACUCUAG